GAAACUGCCUGCCCCACAGUCAAAACAGGCUUCAUCGUGUCCGAUUCUGAAAGAAAUAACUCGCUCCUUUCUCUCCCACACCGUCUUCUUCUCCGAUCAAUCUCUCAUCGACCAGAUCGUAUAUCUAUCCAUCACUCCUCUUCGUUUCAUCCCCCUCGAUUCUCUCAUUUUGCAAGAUGAGCAUGAAGGCCACGAUCCUAAUACUAGGCCUCGUAUGGAGCUUCCAGGCAGCGUUGGGGAUUAGAUUCGUGAUAGACAGAGAAGAAUGUUUCUCCCACAAGGCUGAGUAUGAAGGCGAUACCCUUCAUGUCUCUUUCGUCGUCAUCAAAUCUGAUUCUCAAUGGCAUUUUAACGAGGAUGGUGUAGAUCUUGUGAUACACGGCCCAGCAGGGGAACAGAUUCAUGACUUCAGGGAGCAGAUAAGUGCCAAGCACGACUUUGUUGUCCAAAAGAAAGGGGUUUACCGUUUUUGUUUCACAAACAAGUCUCCGUAUCAUGAAACCAUUGACUUCGAUGUGCAGCUUGGUCACUUUGCGUACUACGACCAGCACGCAAAGGACGAGCAUUUCACUCCAUUGAUGGAGCAAAUAUCGAAGUUAGAGGAGGCUCUUUACAAUAUCCAGUUCGAACAACAUUGGUUAGAGGCUCAGACUGAUCGUCAAGCUAUUGUGAACGAGAACAUGAGCAAGAGAGCAGUACACAAAGCUUUGUUCGAGUCGUUUGCGUUGAUCGGGGCAAGUGUCCUCCAAGUUUAUCUUCUGCGUCGCUUGUUUGAACGCAAACUCGGCAUGUCUCGUGUCUAAAAUAAUAUUUUGCCUCCUAAGUUACCAUAUAAUAUUUACUUAGCUCUUUUUUACAGACACAACUGUAGUUCUCAUUGGAUGAUUUGCGUUUUCUCAUCUUCAAGAAUAUUAUCCACUUCGUGGUUAUCACUUAAUCAGUAUCUUUUUACA